CAGAGCUGAGGGCUGCUGGGGACAGUGUCAUUUGGGUAGAGUUUCCGAGAGGACCCAGGAGUGGUCCAUUCUCUCAAUGGAGACCCUUUGGGAGGAAGAGUCUGAGAAUCCUUGAGAAUUGCGUUCAAAACGUUGGGUAUACGAGAGCGCGUGCUUUCCUGGGGGAAGAGCCCACAGUUUUCACCCUAUGGACAGCCCCCGAAUCCCAAAGAUUUUGUGUUUUUGAGAUGUUUAGGAGCUGCUGGGCUGGAUGAGGGUCCGGGGGGUCAGAAACUUGCGAACUAGCAACUCACCUGGGACCCCCUGCGGAUCUCUCUCUGGGUUGUAAGGCGACCAGACUAGUGCGCUCCGAAGCUGCUCAGGCUCCGGGGUGCUGCCCCUUCGCCCUAGGUGCAGCCUCGCAGACCCCGGCCCUGGGCAGGGGGCGGGAGAGAGGCUCGCAUCUUGCAGCCCUCUGGUCCCACUGAAGGCACAAGCUGCUCGCUGCCUGCCCCACGGGAGGAGUGCGAGGAGUAACGAAGGUUGCUUUCCCAGGGCGAACCUUUGCCAGGAGGCGCUGCUUGCUCCGGCAGGGUAAAGCCGGACGAGGCGCGAGAGCGGGUUGGGUGACGCGCGUCAGCCGCGGAGAAUGAGGCUCGCCUUCUGCGCCCUGCUGUACGCCGGGGUCCUGGGCCUGUGCCUUGCCCCUCCUGAGAAAACUGGAAGAUGGUGUGCCGCAUCAGAUCACGAGGCCAUGAGGUGUGCCAGUUUCUGAGACAAUAUUAAAAAAGUGUUUCCAGCAGAUGGUCCCCUUGUCACUUGCGUGAAGAGAACCUCUUCCCUUGAGUACAUUAAGGCCAUCACAGCAAAUGAAGCAGAUGCUGCGACCAUUGAUGGAGGUUUAGUGUUUGAGGCGGCCCCCUACAGCCUGAAGCCCAUCAUGGCAGAAUUCUGUGGGUCAAAAGAUGAUCCGCAAACCCACUAUUAUGUCAAUGCCGUGGUGAAGAGCACCAACUUCCAGCUGAGCCAGCUCCAAGGCAAGAAGUCCUACGACAUGGGCCUGGGCUGGUCUGCUGGGUAGAACAUCCCCGUCAGGACACUGCUUCCCCCUAGCUCCCUUGAAACAGAUGAGCCAGCUGGGGCUGGGUGUCCCCAGGCAGGGCUUCUGCACCAGUCACCCUCAUGGGCUGUGCUGGAGUCACACUGUCUCUGUGAAGUGUAUGUGUCCACGGCCUCCAAGAUGGAGUGAGGGUAACCUGCUUUAAACAUGCACUGGCUGGGGGUGUGCACCAGCAACUCCUGGGAGCUGGCAGCUGAGUCUUCUCUGAGGAAAGGUGUCAGUCCCACCUUCCUCCUCAUCCUCAGUCGCUUGGCUUGACAAGAGACAUCACUGAGGCCCACUGAGAAAAGCCACCUCCCUCCCAGCUUCCCAGAAAGGCUCAAUGGGGCUUCUAGCCACACUGCCAGGACUCAGGCCUCCAUGACUUAGGUGAGGGCUUGGGACAUGGGCAAGGAAAGGUUGACUGGGCUGGCGCUAGGGUUUUUUGUUUUCUCUAGGCUUCCUGUUCAGUUAUGUUGAGGCACAGUAAGCCUAGGGUGAUUUUUCAGCCCUUGAAAGAUGAUGGCCAGAUCUUUUUGAACUCUGCAAAAGUACAUCUUUUUGAGUCCGACCAACCUCUGCAGUGUUGAUGUCUGACUGUGACAGGGACAAGCGGCUGCAGGGACCUGAGAAGGGCUACAGCCUGGAUCGCGGUUCUGGCCAGCUUUGCCCUUUCUGGGAGUGAUCACUUGCCUCAGUGUCAGGUGCAACUGGACAUGCAUCUGGGCAGCUGUGCAGUGGCUGGUAGCACACCUCCUACCCAGUCCUCGACAAGCUGUCCCAGCCCUCUCCCAGAAGGCAUAUCCCAUGAGCUACCACAGCCUCUGGAUACACAAGGGGAGGUUGAAGGGGAGGCAUUUCCUGAGGUAAAGAAGGACUGUUGGCGGUUGGCUGACGUGCAAGUGUUCCUGCUGUGUUUAGAGUUCAGUCUGGCCCCUUCGAGCCUCCAUGUGGGUGAGUUAGCAGAACUGCGUGCCACUGGGACUGAAGUCUUGGUUCAGUGUAGGUCAGCAGCUCUCACAUCCUGCAGUGGACAAGCUGGAGAACAUUCCUGUGGGUUCCAUCACCACAUGAGUGUGAUGCCUACACCUGCAGGGACCCUGGGCCAUGCACUCCCUCCGGCUUGGGCAUUGCCAGCCACCUCCAGCAGGCUGCACUGGCUGGCCCCUGCACACCCACUUCCUCAGCCAGUCCUGGGAGGUGUGUGCACAUGCAUGGGCUCUCAACGAGGGCCACUCUCUCGCGCAUAUGCAUGACCUGGAGGCCCCAGCCAGCUCGUGCCCUGGGGUCCAUGUCUCUGUGCUGAGCAGCAGCGGCCAAGUUCUUCUCCAGCAGCUGCCUCCCCUGUGGGGACAUGAAGAAGUUCCCCCGCCUGUGUCAACUGUGUGCAGGGAAAGGGACAGACAAGUGUGCCUGCUCCUCCCAAGAACCGUACUUCGGCUAUGUGGGAGCCUUCAAGUGAGUGAGACCCCACUGCUCCUCCUCCUCAGCCUGAUGUUGGGGAGACAAAGGCACAGAGAGCGAACAGGGCCCACCCCAGGCCACCUGGCGCAUCAGUGAGAAACCCGGGGUCCCAGGUGCCUCCCAUGGCCAAACCUUGCUCCUAACCAUCCACAGAGCGCUCUUCUGUGUGGGAGCUCCUGGCCUCCCCGGAGCUUGGGGUCUGCCCGUGUUACCCUCCUGGUCAAGGGAAUGCUGGGGAGACAGACUCAGGUCUGGGACUCUGAGAUCUACAGACAUGGGUCUGGGCUUUCGGCAGGGCCACAGGCCAGGACCUGCCAGCUCACAGCUUUCUGCUGAGCUGCUUCUUGUACGUGUCUCUCCUCAUCUCCCUCUCAGCCCCCUUGCAGGCACCUCUGCACACUCCAUGCUCCAUAAGAGAAAUAGCUACUAUUCCAAGGCUAUCCAAAGUUAUUAGUCUCCAUGGAAAGGCUUUAAGCCUUUAGAUUUUUUUUUUUUUUUAAUUUGAACCUGUCGCUUUUGGUUGCUUUCUAAGAGGAAAAUGCGGGUCCUUCUAUCCCAUCCUGCCUCCUCAGAGUUGUCUGGUUUGGUGACUUCCAGGGCUCCUGGCUGCUUUUGGCCUGGGCUUGGCUGUGGGGUUCAGAGGCCCUUCAGACAAAGCCGUCGCCUCUGUGAGGACAGACUAAUACUCAGGAACUCUGGGCAAAGCCCUGUGAGCCAGCAGUCCGGGCUGACCCUCAGAGGGGCUGCGUGGGGGAGAAGUGAGGCCUGUGCCUGACUGCGGCUCUCUCAUCUGUCAGGUGUCUGAAGGGUGAAGGGUGGUGUGGACCCCACCCUAGCCAGAAAAGCUGGUGUUUUUGUUUUUUUUUUUGAAAUGGAGUCUCACUCCUCACUAGGCUGGAGUGCAGUGGCAUGAU